AUGGCACGCUCGACAACCAUUAAGGACGCACUGAAGCGCUGGCAGGAGGAUCACGAUGGGCAGAAUCCAAUCGAAGCGGAGGAUAUUCAGUUACAGUUCCGAUGGCCUCCGAUCGAGCGAAUGGACGGCACGCUCGGUACUCUAGUUAACUGCCAAAAGUUAAGUUUGUCCUCGAACAUGAUCGAAAAAAUAACUGGUCUGAAUGGAAUGAAAAAUUUACGAAUUCUCGCCCUUGGAAGGAAUUACAUCAAAUCGUUUAACGGGCUUGAAGCGGUCGGAGACACUCUGGAAGAACUCUGGAUCAGCUACAAUCAGAUCGACAAGCUGAAGGGUGUGGAAAGCCUACGCAAACUAAAGGUGCUCUACAUGGCGAACAACGCCGUGCGCGACUGGACCGAGCUGGCGAGGCUACAGGCUAUCUCGGGGACGCUGGAGGAUCUGGUGUUCGCCGGUAACCCGCUCGUGGAAAACCUCGACGAAGCGGUGUAUUUCCGGGAGGUUACCAAACGGUUGCCUACGCUUAAGAAGCUCGAUGGCAUCCCCAUGCUGACAGACGAUGACGAAUAA